CAGAUACGGUCGACUCCUGCACUCUACACGUUCGAGGUAGAAAACCUUCACCUGAGCCAAAAGGGAUUUUUUCUCCACAAGCAGUUGGGAAUUUAGUGCGAGGAGAGCCCAAACAAGGAGCCUCACAUACUUAAGACUGACGGAAGGAGAACCUGAACUACUUUCAAGAUGUCCGAGCACUCACUGACCUCCAUAGUACGCGAGGCCUACACUAAACACAGUGUUCUGUGCGACUUAGUGUGCCGAGAGAACAGCGAGAACCUGACAGCCGAACAGAGCGCCAUCUUCAGCCAACUGAGUGAAGAGACUAGGAAAAGGUACUAUGGGUCUGGCAUUGUCAUCCCAGAAAAGUUGGAGGGCAAGCGCGUGCUGGACAUCGGAUGUGGGUCAGGAAGCCUCGUUUUCAUCCUGAGUAAACUGGUCGGACCCACGGGCUACGUCGUGUGCAUCGACAUCUGCGAAGAACUGAUGAACAUUGCCAAGUCACAGCUUGAAUAUCACCAGAAGGCAUGGGGAUACAGUAAGCCGAACUGUGAAUUUGUUAUGUGCAAAGCAGAGGAACUAGAAUUCGAACCGAACAGUUUUGACUGCAUAGUCUCCAACGGUGUAGUCUGCUUGUGUCCAGACAAGGAACCCGUGUUCAAGUCCGCUUAUAGAGUUCUCAAGGAUGGCGGCCAGUUUUUACUGAGUGAUGUUUUCGCAGAAGUGGAUUCUCCGGCCAAGUACCGAGAGCAUGAACUAUUGUGGACUUUAGGCACGACUGGAUCAUUGCGAUGGGACACUCUGGCUGUAGAGACCAGUAAAGCUGGCUUCACAACACCGUACCUUAUGCAGGUUGGCCCUGUCAACAUUGUAAACCAAGAAGUCCUUCAAAUGUUGGAAAAUGGUCGCUUUGUCUGCGCCGGAUGGCGAUUAUUUAAGCUGGGAAAAAACGUGAAGCGGGGUGCGGCCAGAGUAACAUACAAAGGGGACAUCAGUGGAUUCCCUGAUGCUUUUAAAUGGGAUGUAGACCUUACUUUUCCAACCGGUGUGGGUGUCGAGGUGGACAGCGAAUUGGCCACCAUCUUAUCUGCAUCUUACCUGAGCAGCAGCUUUGACUUCAGCGACAUUGAGACCAACCCCGUCACCAAAAGAAACCAGAAUCCAUUCGCAUACUUGGACAAGCUGCAAGCUGAGGGACGGUUCCCCGGAUUUAUCUACAGCAUCGAAUAAAGCAAAGGGAAGAAAUUACUGACAUCGACCAACGAAUCGAACUUUAUUUUCUCUAACACAUCUACUAAGGGACUGUUAUCUUAUAUAUCUAUAUUUGUUAUAAACGUAUGAAAACGCACACGAACACACACGCCCUCCCCUCACACAUACGUAUAAUCAAUUUCCUGUAGACAUCGUUAUAAUGUUCCUUACAAGACAACAAUAUAACAUAUAUUGAUAUAUACAUAUAUUGAUCAUAUAUUGCACAAGUGAACUACUCUCUGCAUGUUUUGUUUUUUUCAAGUUCUAAGAAUGAAGUUUUAUAUUAUUAAAGACCGACCAUCACAUUUUAAAAAAUAUAACAUGGCCUUAUUUUCUUUAAUAAUGUUUCCACUUUUGUGCAUAUAGCAAUACACAUUGAUAGAUAAAAGGCAGCGUUUGUAUAUUGUUGGUAACGUAUGCCGUGUAAAUUUAGAGUGUGGAUAUCUUAUCAAACGUCAAGUGUUGUGAGAAAGAUACUGGCGUCCGUUUCGGGUGCGGAAACAACCUGCAAGAAAGUAUCUGUAUGGAAGCAGUUUUCCAGAAUAUUACACAACUCGCAAGGUAGAUAAUUGCUAUGACUGUUUUUAUGUGCAUGUAAAUGUUAUUCAAAUGAAAGAGUAAAUAGUUUGUACUGCCAUCAACAAACACCAACAACACCUGCUGAAGUUUUUUUUUUUCUUUUUUACUUUACAAGGUAAGUUAACAAAACGGAAAUUAACUCAUUUUACAUAAAAUCAUAUGAAAACAUAAAGCAGAAAAUCUAUUUUUUGACCAGCUAUGUUCUGUUAUAAUUAUAUAACAGUUAUACUAGUAACACUAGUUAUAAGCAA